UUAGACUGUAUAAAUAGCGGGCGAGGAGCUCAGUCAGCCUCGCAGACGUCACAGAUCAGGAUCACUCAGGUUUCCUUCUUCCUGCUCAUCAUGAAGGUCUUCGCAGUAAUCUUUGUGCUGGCUGCCCUCUCAGGCUGCCACGCCAGAAGCCUCCUGUCUCCAGACAAGACGCCCUGGGAGGCCACGGUCGACAAGUUCAACGAUUACUUCACUGAUCUGAACACGAGGGCCGACGAGGUGGUGAGCGGCAUCAGGAGCUCCCAGAUCAGCAGAGAGCUGGACACCCUGAUCCAGGACAGCAUGUCCGAGCUCUCCAUGUACAAAGACGACGUGCAGACCAAGCUGGCCCCGUACGCUCAGGAGGCCGGGGAGCGUCUGGCCACGGACCUGCAGAGGCUGGCCAACAAGCUCCGCGACCACAUGAUGGAGGCCCGGGAGCAGAUGGACAAGUACGGCCAGGAGCUCCAGACCAUGAUGGAGCAGAACGCCGACGACGUCAGGACCAGAGUCUCCGCCUACACCCGCAAGCUGAAGAAACGCCUCAACAAGGACACGCAGGAGAUCAAGAGACAAGUUGCUGACUACAUGGAAGAGUUCCAGUCCCGCACCUCAGACAACAUGGAGGAAAUGAAGACCCGUCUCGACCCUUACUUCGCUCAGGUGCGCGACAACGCCCAGGCAAAGAUCAGCACCCUGAACGACCUGCUGAGGUCUCAGGUGGAGACCAUGAAGGAGAAGAUCCAGACCACCGCCGAGGACAUCAAGGAGCGCAUCGAGACAACCGCUGGAGACAUGAAGUCCACCAUGGAGGGCAAGAUGGAGGAGCUGAACGAGUGGUUCAAGCCUUUCGUCUCCAUGUUCACAGUGUAAUCUGGACUUUCUGUUUAUCCUCCACUCUCUGUAUCAGUAACACCUUAACAGAUUUGAGAGACUCAAAGGGGGAAAGUCUCUGUUCCAUCCCAAAUGUCCACCAUCAGUCUAAAUGUGUCUCUGUCACUGAAGGCAACCUUCAAUAAAAACAAGCUGCUCACA